AUGCACAGCACUUGCUCUGAAAUUUGGGGACUGAGUACACCAAAUACCAUAGAUCAGUGGGAUACCACAGCCCUAUACAGCUUCUCUGAACAAACCAGGUCUCUCGAUGGCCGCCUUCAAGUGUCCCACCGUAAAGGGUUACCGCACGUUAUUUACUGCCGCCUCUGGCGCUGGCCAGACCUUCACAGUCACCACGAACUGAAAGCGAUUGAAAAAUUGUGACUACGCCUUUAACCUUAAGAAAGAUGAAGUGUGCGUCAACCCUUAUCACUAUCAGAGAGUGGAAACUCCCGUCUUACCACCUGUAUUAGUGCCGCGCCACACGGAGAUCUUAACAGAACUUCCCCCUCUCGAUGACUACACACAUUCCAUUCCGGAAAACACUAAUUUCCCAGCAGGCAUCGAGCCUCAGAGCAACUAUAUACCAGAAACUCCACCUCCUGGGUACAUUAGUGAAGAUGGAGAGACUAGCGAUCAGCAACUUAACCAAAGCAUGGAUACAGGGUCACCAGCCGAGCUUAGUACACUUUCUCCUGUCAAUCACAGCUUGGAUUUGCAGCCUGUUACUUAUUCUGAGCCAGCCUUCUGGUGUUCAAUAGCUUACUACGAGUUGAACCAGCGAGUGGGGGAAACCUUCCACGCAUCACAGCCUUCACUCACAGUUGAUGGCUUCACGGACCCAUCAAAUUCUGAGAGAUUCUGCUUAGGUUUACUGUCUAACGUGAAUCGGAAUGCCACAGUGGAAAUGACCAGACGCCACAUAGGAAGAGGCGUUCGGUUGUAUUACAUUGGGGGCGAAGUGUUUGCAGAGUGCCUCAGCGAUAGUGCUAUAUUUGUCCAGAGUCCAAACUGUAAUCAGCGGUAUGGAUGGCAUCCAGCGACCGUGUGUAAGAUUCCUCCAGGCUGUAACCUGAAGAUCUUCAAUAACCAAGAAUUUGCUGCCCUCCUUGCUCAGUCAGUGAACCAGGGAUUUGAAGCAGUUUACCAGUUAACCAGAAUGUGCACCAUCAGAAUGAGCUUUGUGAAAGGCUGGGGUGCCGAAUACAGGCGGCAAACAGUCACAAGCACUCCCUGUUGGAUUGAGCUUCACCUGAACGGACCUUUACAAUGGCUGGACAAAGUGUUGACUCAAAUGGGCUCACCUUCAGUCCGUUGCUCCAGCAUGUCCUAA